UAUUGCAAUGACAUAACUUAAAGCAAGACAAAUGAUUGAGAGAUUUUUUUAUUCAACCCAAUUUGAAAUGUUUACUUCAACAAACUGAGGAAGGGAAGACACACUGCGUGGGCUCUUUGUGCUCUACGCAAUCCUUGACGUUGCUGUCUCUUGCAUUGUAGAAGAAGAACAUCAAUUACCUUCGCUCUUUUCUUUCAAGUAGCUGCCUGGUUGCUUCUUGCAUCGUCAUCAAGGUCAAUUGUUGAAUUUCUUACUUCUCUGGCACUUAUGAGGUACGCAUCUACGGUUCAUAAAGCUUCCUUGAAGAGGGUAUUUCAUUUUCUCUGCUUAUGUCUCUUCGUUUAAUCAGAGAAUACACUGGUACACAUCAAACAGUUGUAUAGUUCAAUGCAAGUGCAAGACUUUACCAGAAUUCAGGUUUUCGUGUUUAAGUGAUUUGGGCAAGGAGUGGUUUUUGUGGUAUCGAUUGCUUCUGACUGAAAUGCUGUAUAAGGGGGACUUGGAGUCUAGUUAGAGACUUAGUUUUAAGAAUUAUGGAUUUUCAGAAUAAUUUUCAGCUCGAAUCAGGGAAAUUGGAACAGAUAGUUUCCCGGUUUCUGCUGAAGAGCUUGCAUAUUGUUUUGGACUCUAGGAUCCCUUCUCUUCACCCACAUGAUCGCAGUGGUGACCUGUCAUCCGUUCCUCAAGUGAGAAAGAGAGACAAGUGGUUCAACUUAAUACUAGGGGACCGCCCUGCAGCUCUUGAAAAUUUGAAUUUUUGGCACAGAAAUGUAAUGGAUCCAAUGAUAAUUGACAUAAUACUUGUUCGUGGAGGGCCUAGUUCUUCUUCUGUUGACAAUCUAUAUGUGAAUUCUGUGGAGGGGACAUCUGUUGAGACGAUUAUAGAGAGGUGGGUUGUCCAGUAUGAAACUCCGCGGGUUGUGGCUCCCCAAACUGGUGACACUUCGGCCUCUUAUAAGAAGACAUACAAGAAGUCAAUCAUACUUUUACGUACUCUUUAUUCAUAUAUGAGGCUUCUUCCAGCUUAUAGGAUCUUUAGACAGCUAAGUACAUCUAGUCAGACUUAUAAUUUUGAUAUUAUUUACAAGGUGUCUUCACUUAGAGAUCCAUUCUCAAGGGCGGAGGAGGAACUAAUGGAGGAGUACAGUUUUGCUCCUGUAGAGGCUCAUCCUGGCCGCCUUUCUUUAUCCGUGACUUACCGUUCAACACUAUCUGAUUUCAAUCUUGAGCCUGCAGCACCAAUGCCACCUAGGAUAAUUACAGAUUAUGUUGGUAGUCCUGCCACUGACCCCCUGAGGUCUUUCCCCUCAUCAGAGAAGGGUGUUAGUGCAACUUCCUUUCCGCGAGGAGGAAUACCACCGCCAUAUACUGUGCCACUUCAACGCCCACACACCUGGACAAGUGGCUUCUACAGGCCACCUCCUUUUAAUCACAAUAAACCCCUAGUCGGAUCUCCACCUGCAUAUCGUGCACCUCCAAUGUCACAUGACGUUGGAUCUCCUCCUAUUGAUACAUUUGCUAACAGAGUUCAAAACUAUAGACCUCUAGGUGGUCAUCAGAGAAAUACGAGUUAUGAUGAGUAUCAGCUUUCACCUCCAUUUUCGCCAUCUCCAUCCCCAUCUCCCCCAACAUACUUGUCCAGUGGAAAUUUAAAUCCUAUGCAAACUCGAAUUCGUUCAGGAACUGCCCCUGUUAGUAUCCCUCUUCCAAUGGGGAGCAGAAGCCCUAGAUACUUGUCCCCCAAUUUUUCUGAUCCAAGUAGAAAUUCUCUUCCUCCAUUAUCACCCAGAAGCAUAAGGAAUGACGCUUCCUCUCAAGAGUCUCCAUCAGUAAUCAGAGCAUUUAGAAAAUUAGAGGCUUCAAGGGCCGGUGAGAUGCACCCUGGAACAUCAAAUCAUAUGGUUGGUCAGAAGGUGAUGAAAGACAGUAAAGAUGAUUCAGGGCGGUUCUCAGGAUUGUUGUCUUCUAGUGGCUCACCACGUGUUGGAUUUUCUAGAAGCUCCAGUAGAUUAUCUUUCCAGGAUGAUUUGGACGGUUUUGAGUUCUCAUGUCCUUUCGACGUGGACGAUGUUGAUACAUCAGAUUCUCAAGUCAGUCAAAAUCUCGAUGGCAGAAAAGCUUCUGAGUAUACAUCACAGUCAUUGCCAAUAGGCAGAAAAUCACAUGAUGCUGCGGUUGGCGUUCUGGUUCAGAUGCUGAGGACAGCUCCACCUCUGCGCCAAGAUUCAAGUUGUUACUCAUCCCAGUCUGUGAAACCUGAACACGAGGGAGGAGUUGCUACAGCUUCUGGUUUCUUUAUGCCUCGGAAGACAUCUGAUGCGCUGGAGGAGCUCAGAAGUUAUAAAGAAAUGAAAGACCUUCUACUAUCAAAGAGUGGAAUGAGGGUGCUUGCUAAAGAAGAAGCAUAAUGAUACUGCAGCUUUGGUCAUUGGUGGGUUACUUGUAUUUCUUGUGUUAGAGGGAAGCUUGAGCAGCUUGAGCUCCCCAGUUAAAAAGAUUGCUGUGUGUAUAACUGGAGCAACCAUUGCCACGCUGUGAAAAGAACAUGCAUUUUCCUGUGAAUGCCCUGAAUGAAGGACUAACUGACUGUAAAUAUCAUGACUGAUAACUAGUUUACCAUCAUUGAAGUAGUUUACUGAAUUU